UGAUGUGUCUACUUCCGGAAUGUAACUUUUCCAUGGAAGUUGUUAUAGACCUUUUCUUGAACAACUAUUGCGUCGUUUUUUGAAUGGCUGUCUCGUUAUAUUUGAUAUGGAAUGAAUGCAAAGGAGCCGUUAUGGGAUGGACGUAACCGAAGAGCAGUUUUGUGAAUUUCUGCAACGAGAUCUACGCAUUGUUUCAGCUGGAAUCUCGUCAUUACUGCCUAAUUCAUUUGGAUGUUUUUGUUUUAGAGACAACUUACAUUCUUGAGACGAAUCUGUUAGUUUGCACACAAUGCAUGUCACAGACCUACCAGAUGUUGUACUUGUGAAGGUACUUUCAUACCUUGAAUGGGAAGAUAAACUUACUGUAACAAACGCCAUUCCUUCUUUUGAGAAUCACCUUAGAACCUCUGCUUCAUGGCCCUUUUUUAAGUUUUCACCUAGUGCUGUCACCAAGUCUGAUUACAUUACAGCUGCAGAAAACUGUGUGAAAGAAUAUGGUAUUUUCUUCAGAACUUUUCGUUCUGUGACUUCCAUGGAGACUGACUCUGUUACAAAUGAACAUGCAAAUAUGUUUAAACUUGUUAGUGAAAAUUGUCGCCAUCUGCGUGGUUUUCACAUGGAACAAGGUAGUGAUGGCUUUUGUCAUGGACAACAUUCAACUUCAAACCGGGACAUGGAAGAAGCGCUGACCAUACUAACUACAUGUAAGGAUUUGAAGAAUGUGAGUCUGUUUCUUCCAUGUGAGACUGAGAUUCAGCCCAAACCCUUCUUGUUGCUACAGCUGAUUAAUCUGGGUGUGACAAGCUUUGUCACAGCCUUAGAUUUGUCCAGUAUCAGUUGGACAAUGAGUGAAAGACAAAUGUCAUGUUUGCUUAAUUUUCCUAACCUGAGAGAACUAAGUUUACAGAAAUGCAAUGUUGACGCAACCCUUGUUCUUGGUUUAGCCAAGCAGAGUUUGGUCCAACUAAACAUUUUCCAAGAAAAAGAAAUUUUUGAUCUUGAUAUCUGUCAGCCUAAUGAUAAUGAUUGGGAAAGGAUUCUAAAACUGAAACCCGACAUGAAAGUGAACAUCACAUUUGAUGGCAUCAUCCUUGUGAAAACCAUGUUUCCAUCCCGAAUCCCACUCAAACAGCUAUCACUGAAUGAUAUAUCCAACAGUCUAACAAAGGGAAUGAUGGACCAUUUCACAAACAAUUACUGGAACACACUGGAAGUUUUCAAGUACACAAAUCUCCUACAUGAAAAGACUCAGACUUCAGAUACAAGACUUCCGUUUGCUUUGGUAAGCUUUGCUAAAAAGUGUUUAAAGCUCCAAAGUAUACAUUUUGAUGUGCCCCUGUCUAGCACAACAGUAUUAUUAUUAGCGCAUGCAAGGAAGUUCAAAGAACUGCGAGUGAUAAAAGACGAUGUAUCUUAUGAAUUUGAUUGGAAAAGUGCGGAGGGCACAAUGACACCUGACUUUGUACAGUGGCUUAAAGAAAGUGGGCAGAAUGAAGCCCAGCUUGAAAAGGCUGUGUCAUCACUUCUGGGUUUUAAGUGGAAGUUAUGGAACCUGCCUCUCACCUUUGCUGACAAAUCAUUCUGAGAUUGUCUUCAUGCUGAAUUGCCACUUGUGACAAUAUAAUGAUAAUUACCCAUUAAAAUAUUUUCAGAACAUCA